AAAGAGGAACCGCUCACUGAGAGUUGGAGGUGAAGAGGAUCUUAAAGGAACUAACCCAGUCCUUUCGGAUGAAGAUAUGGAAAACCAUGGAGAGAAAGAGACUGGCCCAGGGUCACAAGAUAGUGACACUGUUGGCGCAAACACUUUCCACCAAAACAAUUGUGGGGAAAAGACAAGGGCUCCCCCUUGCUUCCGACAGUGGAAAACACGCCGCUGAGAGGGCAGUUGACUUGUGAGGGAUUUCAAAGAGAGGAGAUAAGGAGGAGGAAGGGGCCGUGGGAGCUGUUUCUCGCGCAUAUGGACACGCUCACACACUCACAUACACGCAGUCACGCAUUCUCACACUCUCACACGCACACCCAUGUUCUCUGUCGUCCCAGUUCCCGCCUUCAGUGCUCUCUGGAGGGGCUGCCCUGGGUUCUGGCUGUAGCCCUCCUCUCUGGCUGCUUCAUCCCUUCUCUCCCUCCCAGAGCCCAACUGCUGUCAUUUUGUGCCCUGCCAAGGAGGAGGGAACUGCAGUGACAGCAGGAGUGAGAGGCAGGACAGAGUCGUGGGGCACAGAGAGGUAUGGAGAGGGAGAUGCCACAGGACCAGGUGACACUGAGUCCCAGAGAGGGCUGAGGAGCGGGGUGAGGGAUGGUGCGAGUCUGGGGAAGAGGAGGGGAAACCGAAAGGAGCAGAAAGAGGAGGACUUGCAGGUCACAGAGCCACUCAGCCAUGCUGGGAGCAAAGCAGCACUGGCCGCCAGGUCCCUCCUUCAGCCCCGGGCUGCCCUUGGCCCUAGUGCUUCUGGCCUUGGGAGCCGGGUGGGCCCAGGAGGGGGCAGAGCCUGUCCUCUUGGAGGGCGAGUGCCUGGUGGUCUGUGAACCCAGCAGAGCUGCCGCAGGGGGGGCUGGGGGAGCAGCCCUGGGAGAGGCGCCCCCCGGAAGAGUGGCAUUUGCUGCAGUCCGAAGCCACCACCAUGAGCCAGCAGGCGAGAUCAGCAACGGCACCAGUGGGGCCAUCUACUUCGACCAGGUCCUAGUAAACGAGGGCGGUGGCUUUGACCGGGCCUCGGGCUCCUUCGUGGCCCCUGUCCGAGGCGUCUACAGCUUCCGAUUCCAUGUGGUGAAGGUGUACAACCGCCAAACCGUCCAGGUGAGCCUGAUGCUGAACACAUGGCCUGUCAUCUCAGCCUUUGCCAACGACCCUGACGUGACCCGAGAGGCAGCCACCAGCUCUGUGCUACUGCCCCUGGACCCCGGGGACCGGGUGUCCCUGCGCCUGCGUCGGGGGAACCUGCUGGGUGGCUGGAAAUAUUCAAGUUUUUCUGGCUUCCUCAUUUUCCCACUCUGAGGGCUCAAGCCUUUCAAGGAUGGGAAUCUAGCCCCUGCCCUCUGCCCUCUGCCCUCUUCUACCCAGAAGCAGCAUCUUUGGGGCAGGAGAGAGGCUGCCUCUGGCUGUCUGUGUUCCACCUCCUUGCAUGGGACCCUGUGCCGAACACCCAAGGUGAAGAGCAGAGCUGUGGUGUCUCAGGACCUGGCCCCUCUUCCCCUCCCCAUUGCCCUCCCAGCCUCCCACUGCAUCUCUGUGCCUGCAGCCCUAGUCAGGACAGCACUUGACAGGUAGGGAGGCCUGUGCUACUUUGCAGACUCUGCUCCUGUCCCACCCCCCUGCCCCCAGCUUCCUGCUCAGUGCUAUUUCGGGACAGGUGGCACAGGUGAGCCUGACAGGCCCCCACAGGGGCCCAGAUGGACCAGCCUGAGAGUACCCUGCAGGCUCCUUCCUGUGAGGAGUGCCAGCAUCACAGAUCUCAGUCAGCACAGUCAGAAGCUGAGCCAGCGCCUCAUGGGCUAGGGCGGGAGGCUCAGCCACCAGCAGAAGUGUGGGGAGGGCCAUGGAGCAGCCCGGUGCCUGUGGCUGGUAGGGCAUCAAGGGCGCAUGCGCCCAGCCUGCACAUGGUACUCAUAUUUUAUGUACAUUAGGGCAGCCAGCAAGCAGCAAACCCAGGCGUCCAUCUGUGCCAGGUCCCAGAUGGACUCUGGCCCUCACCUCCCCACCUGAGACAUGGAGUGUGUAUGUUUGCUCUGCCACAGAGC